AUGGAUCGACGCGUUAGAGGUAGAGAACGUGGGAGAUCAACUAGGCAACACCCCGAGGGUAGUGGUGAUAGGGAACCUGAGGUCAAUCAAGACCAUGGUCAAGGAAACGUGGCCGGAGACCCAGUGGCCACCGCAAUUAAUAGAAUAACCAAUGUUCUAGAGCGCAUGACCGAGCACCCAGCUCCGGGGGCAGUGCAUCAUCAAGGAGGCCCAAUCGAUACCGAGGAUCGGGCAUUAGAGAUAUUCUUGAAGUUUGGACCUCCUAAGUUCUAUGGAGGUCCAGAACCUGAGGUAGCCGAAGGUUGGUGGGAGAGGAUCUCUGAUAUUUUUGCCGCUCUAAACUAUACGGAAGAGAGGCAAGUGACUUUUACAGCAUUCCAGUUUGAGGGAGCUGCUCGUUCCUGGUGGAACCUAAUUAGGGUUAAUUGGGACAGGAACCAUAUUCCUAGGACCUGGGCGAACUUCACUCGGGAGUUCAAUGCCAAGUUUCUACCCCCUCUCAUCCAAGAGAAAAGAGAGGAUGACUUUAUCAAGUAUAAGCAGGGGGCGGGGCUAAACGUGGAAAUCCAGAAGGGAUUAGCGGCUGUUCGGUUAGACACGUUUGCUGACGCUGUUGAAAGAGCUCAAAGAGUUGAAGUUGCUAGAGCUCAAGUAAAAUCCUUCCAGGCUAAGAAAAGAUUUGGCCCUAGCAGCAGUCGGGAGCCGACUAAUACAAAUACUCCACCGGCCAAAGUAGGUCGAGGAAUGGGUGGAGUAAAUAAUCCUGGAGCACCACGAGGCGCUCUGGCAAGAGGAACUGGGGCAAGAGGUACCGGAAGAAGAGAUAUUGAUACUAGAGGAGGACCAAGUGUAAGGAAUCAGACUAGGAACGCCCUGCAAGGAGGUCGUGUGACCACCCCUCAGGUAAUUUGUGGGUAUUGCAGGAGGGUCGGCCAUACUGGGAAUGAAUGUUGGAUGAGAGAAGGGAAGUGCUUGAGGUGCGGAAGUAGCGAGCACCAAAUUGCCGGCUGCCCAAAAAUGCAAGAAGGUGGUACCCCAAAUGUUAAACAAGCCACUUCUGGGGAAAAUGGGCCAAAAGUUCCGGCUAGGGUGUACGCCAUAGACGAUCAACCUGUACCUGAUUCCUCGGAGGUCGUGGAAGGUACUCUUCCAAUCUUUCAUCGAUUAGCUAGAGUAUUAAUUGAUCCUGGCGCAACUCAUUCAUUUGUGAAUCCAAUUUUUAUGGCCGAAAUUGAUGUACAACCUGUUAGAUUACCCUUUGAUCUUGAAGUUAGGACACCUAUGGGUAAUAAGGGUAUAAUUACUAGCCUGGCCUAUAAGAAUUGCGAGUUUUGGAUUGGAGAGCGUAAGAUGCUAGUAGAUCUGAGCCAAAGUGGUAGAAUUUUGGAUUCUCGGGGAAGCAACCUUGAGAUUGGACGUGAAAG